CUGGAAGGGUUUCUGCCCACUAUUCUCUGUAUGCAACCGGCCCAUUUUACUAUAUUUAACGGCCCAACUAACACAAUAUUACAUUUUUCUCAAUAGUAUUUCUACCUUUACCAACGUUUUAUAAGAAUUAGGAUUUAGGAACUUUGUCGGUGUUGAUUACAAAGAAAAUGUAAAAUAUAUCAAUACAUAUAGGUAUAAAUCAGUAACACCAAGUAACAGUAUGACAAAUUCGAUUUUAUAAUUAUAUAAUUAUGUAAUUAUGUGAACGAUAAUAAUUUAGAUAAAGUAUGAGAUGAGUUUUUAAUAAUGUCCAAAAUAUCUUCAAAAUUUAAAUCAUUUAAUAUUUCUUUUUCUACAGACAUUAAUAAAAAAGCAUCUAAGCGGUCAUUAGAUAAUGAAGCGCGUAGACGAUUUUUUAUAAUUUUUAAUUUGCUAAAUACGCGUUCACAAUUAACCUGAGUUACCGAUAAGGUUAGUACAUAUUCCAUGGCGGCAUAUAAAUUAGAAUAAGUGGGCAUAUGUAAAUAAAGCGAAUGAAGUAAAUUAAAAACACAAAUCAAACAAUUCUCUCGGGUAUGUAUACCUUUUUCAUCACGGAUAAAAGAGUGUUCACAUUCAGAUUCUGAAAAAAAAAAAUCUUUAUAUAAAUAUCUUAACACGAAUAAAAACAUAUAAAUAUAAAUAUAUUUUAUAGUUGAAUUUGGUUAAAAUAUGAUAUAUUUAAUAAACAAUUUAUUUUUUUUUUAGUUACCUGUAACAGAUAGAUGAGUAUCAUCCCAAUCCAAAGAAAAAUCUUCAUAAUCCAUAUCAGUUACAAUUAAAUUAUCAUCAUCAUUAUUUGUGUUUUCGUCAUAGAUAUCAACAGUUUUUUUAUAUAAUGGUUUAGAAAUUUUAUCAUAAAUUCCAGCAAAGUGUUCAAGUUCGUCAAUUAAUUUUGAGUGAUCAACAGAUGAUAAUAGUGAUAACUUUUGUAAUGCUGAUUUAGGAAUUAAUUUAUUUCUUAUAUCAUUAUAAUGUUUUGGCAAUAAAUAUUGCAUAUCUGCAACCAAACUUUUAUUGUUAGUAAAUCUUUCAGUUAGGCUGGUUCGCAAUUGGUCGAUGAUACAUUGAAAAACUUCUACUCGAAAUUUUUGUUUUGGAUCUGUUGGUGCUUCAUCGUCACAAACUUCAUCAAACAUAAGUUUUUUUAUUCUUCUUCUGUUUUUAGGAAAAUCAUUCUCAAUAAAUAUCUCUUUAUUUAAUGCAAUUUUGUGAAGGGAAUUAUUCAUUUUUAAAACGAAAUCUUUGGAUGAUUUAAGAACAUUCUCAAAUUUUAAGUUACUUAUGUCAGCAAUACACUUAUCCACCAUUAAAAAAGCAUUCAAUAUAUCCAAAUUCUUUGAUUGUAGGUAUGUUGAAGUAGGGCCAAAACUUUUGAAAAUUGGAAGAAAUAAAUGAGCUGUUACUAUAAUAUUAAAUUGACACAACUUUUCUUUUAAUGAAUUGGCUUCGGAAAUAGAUUUUGGGUCAAAAGUUUUUGAUGUUGCCACAAAAUCCAAUGCAUUUAUCACUAUAGGAUAUAAACAGUCAUUUCCGUCAAACAUCCAUAGUAAUGCUUUUUCGCGAGACCACCAACGAGUUUCACCUAUUUUCUGUAAUUUUUUCAGUUUGUUUUGACCGGUUGUCAGUUUUUCCUGAAUUUCUUUCCACACACCCAUCUUUUUGUAUGAAUCAGAAAAAAAAGUUGCUAAUCUAUUUAAUAAACCAAAUAAAUUUUUAGCUGCCAAAUUUUCGCAUGUGUCACAAACACAUAAGUUCAAAAUAUGUGCAUAACACCAAAUGUACACACUAUUUUGAUUUUCUUGUUUUAUAAAAGCACGCAAUCCAUUGAACUCACCCUGCAUGUUAGCAGCUCCAUCAAAAGAAGAUCCAAUAAUAUUUUUAAAAUUAAUGUCGUUUUGAGAGAAACAUUCUUUGAGUAAUUCAUACAGUCCUUUUCCUGAUGAUGUUUUUACUUGUACUACACUAAAUAGCCAUUCUUUUAUUUGAGAGUUAGAAACAUAGCGUAAACAAAUAGCUGCCUGAUCAAUGGUACCUAUGUCUUGAGUACUAUCUACCUGUAAGUAUAUCGUAUAUGAUUAUUAAAAUUAAGUUAAUUUACCUAGUUGGAAUUAAAUAAUUAAAUUGGUUUACCUGUAUACUAAACUGACGAUCACCCAAUUCAUUCUUUAUUGUUUUUCUCAUGGUUAAUAGUAUGGCAUCUAUUACUUUGUUAACUGUAGUUAUAGAUAACAAAGUUAUUAAUGCACCUCUUCCUUUUGAAUUUAAUUCCACAUGUUGUUUUCGCUGUUUACUGCGUUAAAUAGCAGCAGACAAAUAUUUAUUUAACACCAUAUCGCGUUUUGCGGUAAACUUUAAAAGUUCCAAAAAGUUUCCAUGGUUAAAAUUUGAAUUUUCUAUAUCAUAUAAUGCUUCAGAUGAUCCUCGAUAUGAUAGAUUUUGUUUCCCAAUAAAUUUUAUUAUAUCAAAUACUUGUUCCAAAAUAUGAAUGCGUUCCAUCACUUGCUCUUUUCUAUGGUUCAUCAUAUCUCUACUCACAACAAAUUCGAUACUAUUUUCAUUACUUGCUGAAAAGUAUGCUUCUACAGCUGAUGAAUGACCUUUACUAAUUUCGUGGGACUCAAUAGCAGCAUAUAUAUUUUUAAAAUUAGUGCAACCAUUGCAAAAAUUACUUGUACUGUUUGAUAUACUAAAUGCUAUACAUAUUGUGCAAUAAAUGGCUUUUACAUUAUAGUUAAUACACUCAACUGUAAUCCACUUUCUCGGGAUACUUUUUCCAUUACUAUCAAUUCUAUUAUAAACUCUAUGCAAAACCCACGGUACAUUGGUUAAUCGUGGAGGUUGAUUAGGGUUGAUUUUUUCAAUAAACUGGAGUUUUUGAAAAAUGUUAGAACUAGCAUCAAGUUUAAAUUGAUUAAUACAGAUGUCCUACAAAAAAAAUAUUAUUUAUAUACCUAAUGUAAAUAAUACAAUUGGCUAUAACUACUUACAUCAGAUGAUGGAAAAUUAUUUGUUCCUUUAUCAUCAGGUUCUAUCACUAAUUCCAAACUUCUGUCAUUGACAUUUAAAUCAUUAGUAUUAUUCACAGUGGAUGUACUAGCACACACAGGAUCCUUUAAAGAUAAAUUCAAUAUAAAUUAUUUCUAACAAGAAGCAUAAGUGUUUUCUAUUCUAUAGUCUACAACACAUAGGUAUUGAAAUAAAAAUAUAUAGUUUUUUCAAACAUUUGCAAAAUAUUUUAAUAUGGUAAAUAAUAUACUUUAACACUUACAGUAGAAAAUGUAGGAUUUUUUGUUUCAUUAUCAUGAGAUAUUACUAAUUCCAAACUUCUGUCAUUGACAUUUAAAUCAUUAGUAUUAUUCACAGUGGAUGUACUAGCACACACAGGAUCCUUUAAAGAUAAAUUCAAUAUAAAUUAUUUCUAAUAAGAAACAUAAGUGUUUUCUAUUCUAUAGUCUACAACACAUAGGUAUUGAAACAAAAAUAUAUAGUUUUUUUCAAACAUUUGCAAAAUAUUUUAAUAUGGUAAAUAAUAUACUUUAACACUUACAGUAGAAAAUGUAGGAUUUUUUGUUUCAUUAUCAUGAGAUAUUACUAAUUCCAAACUUCUGUCAUUGACAUUUAAAUCAUUAGUAUUAUUCACAGUGGAUGUACUAGCACACACAGGAUCCUUUAAAGAUAAAUUCAAUAUAAAUUAUUUCUAAUAAGAAACAUAAGUGUUUUCUAUUCUAUAGUCUACAACACAUAUUGAAAUAAAAAUAUAUAGUUUUUUCAAACAUUUGCAAAAUAUUUUAAUAUGGUAUAUAAUAUACUUUAACACUUACACUAGAAAAUGUAGGAUUUUUUGUUUCAUUAUCAUGAGAUAUUAAUAAAUUCCAAACUUCUGUCAUUAACAUUUAAAUCACUGGUAUUAUGCACAGUGGAUGUACUGGCACACACAGGAUCCUUUAAAGAUAAAUUCAAUAUAAAUUAUUUCUAAUAAGAAACAUAAGUGUUUUCUAUUCUAUAGUCUACAACACAUAGGUAUUGAAAUAAAAAUAUAUAGUUUUUUUAAACAUUUGCAAAAUAUUUUAAUGUGUUAUAUAAUAUACUUUAACACUUACACUAGUCGAUGUAGGAUUAUUUAUUAUUUCUAAUUGUUUUGAUGUUUCAUCAUUAAAGUUAUCUAAAAAUGUCAAAGUAAUAUAAAUUAUAAUACUUCAUACACAUUUAUUAACUAUCUAAAACAUACCCAUUCAAAAUAUUAUAGUUUAAUUAAUAUUAUAAGAACGUACCAUUUUGUGUGUUAAUAGUUGUACAAAAUUGCAAUUUCUUUUGUUUCGGAUCACUUCCUGCUGCCUUAAGUUCAGACAUUCGUUUGGCUCUAAUUUUUUCUGCUCCUCCUUUACGAUUUUUUUUUACCUUUUCCAUUUUUAUAAAUUUAAGUAUUAACCGUACUCGAUGUUGUUCACUAUAUCGUCACUCGUUACGGGAUUUUAUAUAUCACUUCGAGCAUUUAUAGUAACCACAACAAAACACCGGACAAGAAUAACAAGAAUACAAGACUAUUUUCUUUUUAUUUUACAAAAUAAAACAUGAUGUUAGGUUAUAAUAUUAUUGAUAUCAUCUAGGUAGGUAAUCAAUAAAUUGGGAAAUAAAACUAUAAAACUAUUUUUAGCCACCAAAAUAAAUUAUAAAAUAAAAAAUAACCACUACCAUAGAGUUAUGUUCUAUAUUAUGUCUAUGACAGUGUGACCACUACUACCACUGCAUCGGCCACCAUCGCAGCUAAUAUAAUAUAGGUAUAUAGAUAUAUCUGUGGCUACAAUAGGCCGAUAAUAAUAUUGUAUUCAGUGUUUAUUUUUGUAAUAUUUCCACAAUUCCACUGCGUUUUUGUGAUAAUACUACCAACUGCCUAACGCUCAGUAAACUUGUAUUGAUUCGUAUUAUUGGCAUAAAAUAUAAGCCCUUGCAUAAUUAGAUUGACUUUAGUCUUUAAUAUUUUAGUAUUUAUAAUUUUUUUUUUUUAACCGUAGCACGCGGCCCACUGUGCUGUAGAAUAGUAGCACAGUGGCCCAGUCCGGCCCAGGAUUCAAAUGCCAUUUUUGUGGAAAGUGUGCAAAGCAAUAGUGAUGAACUUAUUGAUAUGAAUUCAUCAGGUAUGUCUGGUAUUAUUGAAUUGGAUACUGUAGAAACGGAUUCAAAUGCCAUUUUUGUGGAAAGUGUGCUCAUUGAUUACAUAUAAGAAUUUUUUUUCAUGUAAUCAACAACAAUCUUCAGCAGUUGAGGUAUCAGUUAGUUUACCAUUGCAGAGUAGUAGGGAAUUGAAUGAUACGACAACAAAAUUAAUGCAUGCUACACAUGUAUAUAUUGCCGGUUUUGUUGCCAAAAAACUCAACAAAGAAUUAUAUAAAAAUUGUGAAGAAUGUUUGAAAAAAAUUUGCACAAAACAAGUUUCUAAAGAUCAUGAUUUGAUUGUAGCUAGGGACUACCAAGCCUGUACCAGAUUAUCUUUAAAAUAUCCUACUAAACCAUUUCAUCAAAUGCUUCACAAUAUUAUUGUUUAUAUUGGUGAACAUCUUCCAUCAAAAUGCCAUUUUUUUGGAAUAGGGGAAAUAAUUAUUGAAGGAAUUUUGAGAAAGUAUGAUUUAACAGCUCUGCACUGUAAAAAUCAUGACGAAACAUUUGAAAAAAAAAUUGUAAAAUCAAUUGUCAAAUUAUUUAUUGAUCAUUGGUGUGCUGAAGUUAAUCGCAUAUUACAUGGGAAAAGAUCAUUACAACUAGGAGAAAAUGAUCCUAUCAAGCAACUGGCUUCUAUAUGGUACAUAAAACAUAAAAAAAAAAAAACAAUCACUGGAAAAUUUAAUCAAGUGUAAAAUAAAGAAAAA